AUGCCUCGAAAUCAGUCUCGAACACUUGAGUUACAACACAAUGGGAGCGACAAAGAAGUAUGCAUAUCCCAAGUACGUCUGGUCGCCUGCGGGGGGCUGGUGGUGCCAUCCCUAUCAUUGGCGACGCAAUACGGCAAUUGCUGGAGUCACAAUCUUAGCCAUGCUCAUCCCAAUCAUUCGAUUCGGCGAUCAACUCAUU